CUGUUUUAGAAGGAGGUAGCGUCACUUGCUGGCACACUGCGCAGUCCACAGCCCGCGGUACUUGCCCGACCCCCCACUAGGAUGGCGUCACUGCGUGCUCCCUGUGCCGCGAGCACAUUGCCGACUCGCCGUGGGCGCUCCUGCGCAUUUAAGCCCGUAUGCCGUGUGGUUUUGGAGAGGAAUGAGAGCAGCUCGGGCGCUGCGGCGUUUGGUCGGGCCGUCCUCGCUGGCGUUGCAUCUUGCUUGGUCCUGGCUUCAAGCGCAAAUGCAUCCAGCCCUGGCGUGAUUGCUGGUCCGGCACGAGUGGUGGACGGCGACACCCUGGUCAUCAACGGCGAGCGUAUCCGACUCUACGGCGUGGACGCGCCUGAGAGCGCUCAGCAGUGCAAGGACGCAAAGGGGGCGCCGUACGCAUGUGGCCUGGUCAGCAAGGAUGCCCUCGACAAGAAGAUUGGCAAGGCGCCCGUGACGUGCCAGGUCAAGGACAAGGACCAGUACGGCCGCAACGUGUCGGUGUGCCUGCUGGGAUCAGAGGAUCUCAACGGCUGGCUGGUCAGCAACGGCUACGCUGUGUCGUACAGGCAGUACAGCAAGGACUACAUCCCGGCUGAGGACGCGGCGCAAGCGGCACGCAAGGGCAUCUGGGCCGGCGAGUUCCAGGUCCCCAGCGAGUGGCGCAAGCAGAACAAGCGCGGCGAGUCCGGGCCCGUGCAGCCGGCGGUGGCCUUCGCGCCCAACGGUACCGCGGCCCAGAACACCGGCGGAGACCCCACACCCAACUGCGCCACGGGCCCAGCCAUCAAGGGCAACAUCAACGCCAAAGGCGAGAAGAUCUUCCACGUGCCCGGGGGCAAGUAUUAUGACAGCGUGCGCAUUGAUCUGAAGGAUGGCGAGAAAUUCUUCUGCACCGAGAGUGAGGCCACGUCGGCCGGCUGGCGCAAGUCGUCGCAGUAGUAGACGUGGAAGGAUUGGUGGGAAAGGGGCGAAUGGAAAGGAUGGACGGAAGGGAAAGAAGAAAUAAUCGUUGCGCGGGCGGGCGGCGUGAGCGAGGUGGUGAUGCGGCGCGGUGGCGGCACACCGCGGUGGCCGUGACAGGCCUGGUGCGCGCGGGAGGCGGGUGUGGAAGGCCGUGGUUUUUGGCAUGUACGCGGCCGACCAGUUUUGUGCAUUCACCAUACCGGUGCUUAUUAGGAUAGAUAUAUAGAUAGAUAUUAGCAUGAUGGAGUUUCAGGUUGUGCUGAUGAGAACAUCUUAAUGGUAGUAGCCAGGAUAGCUCCGACCGAACCGCGACCAAGCCGCGAGUGAUCAAUAAAUCCUAAUUCAUGUGAAAUUUCGAUAGUGCUGUAACCAUUGCAAAGC